AUGGCCUACACUCUCUGCCAGAUGAUUUUUGGCAUGGCCUGCAAUGUUUUGGGGCCCACCAUCCCCUGGCUGGCCGGCAGAGCCGGGGUGCAGCCGGAAGCUUUGGGACUCCUGCCGUUAGUGCAGACUUUCGUCUGCAUCCUCUCAGGGCUCGCAUCCACAUCUGUGGCCUUGGUCCCCAGGAAACACCACCACCGGCUCCUUGCCGGGCUGCUGCUGUGGCUUAGUGCCUUCUUCCUGCUGUUGCCCGCAGCCAGCGGGUCCCUGCCGGCUCUCUUGGCUACCUUUGGUGCCAUGGUCUGGCCAAGGCCAUGGAUCUCACAGAUGACAUCUCUCCUGGUUGCAAAUCUCUAUGAGGACCCAAGUCACGGGAGUGCGUCACAGAGCUUCAGCAAAGGCGGCUUUGCAGCUGGCUGUGUGGUGAUCGUCCUGUUGGAGGAGCUCUCCUCAAGUACUUGCGGCACAGAAGGUACAUUCUAUGCUGCCGCCGCCUCCACCGCAUUAUCUGCUUUUCUCCUCAUAGGUGUGGGAGAACCGAAACCCCAGCAAGAGGCCCGCCAUGCAGGACAGCAACACCCUGCAAGGUGCUUGGUGCUGAAGUGCUGCAUGUUGUACGGCCUAUCCAUGGGCCUUGAGGCUGCCGUAGGAUUCUGGCUGAUCACGGUGAUGACCCGGACGGGCUUCGACUCUGCUGUAGCUAGUGCCAGCAACGUGGCCUUCUACAUGCUUUUCGCCGUCAGCCGUCUGGUUUUCACGCCUUGCCUUUGCCAUCGCCUUCGCCCGCGACCGACCACUGUGAUAAUGGGAGGGGCCUUUGUUGCUUUACUUUGUUGCGUUCCAGCUACGCUUUGGCCACGCUGGCUGCCUGCAGUGUUGCUGGCUGUAGCUGGCAUACCGCUGGGCCUUGGGCCCGUGCAGCCGAUGACAAUCAGCUUGCUCAAGAGUCAGGGGGAGAUGACGAACGUCCACACUGGUAUGUUGUCUAUUGCCUGCACUGUAGGCUCUGGUGCCGGCCCCUUCCUGAUGAGUCAAGUGCUUCAGGCUUUUGGUCUUGAGACCUUCUUCCGAGCAUUCACGGCAACCUUGCUGCUGCUCCUGCUUCUGCCAGCCAUGAUGCUUGGCCGACAUUGCGCGGCUGCGAAAAUUCGGGCAUACCCUGUUUCCAGUAUUUCUAGUGGUGUUCCCAUGUUCAUGUCCACGUCGGAAGUCUUCAAUGCUGAGACAUCAGGACAGAACCCGGCUUAUGGUCAAGCAAGAAGGAAGUCCCAGCGACCACGGUCUCGGAUCAAGGACCUGUGGAAGGCAGCAAUAGCUGUUGACAGACUGCUGUAG